AUGCGCGCCACGGCGAUCGUCGCGGUAGCCGCCGCCGCGCUCCUCGCACUCUUCGGGUGGCGUCGUCGUCCGCGUCUCGCGCGGCAGCAGCGCCCGCUCAUCCCGCGUGCGGCCUUGCAGUGGGCUAAGGUUCGCGCUCGGCGCCACCUGCUCGUGCUGGCCAACCUGCGCGAGGUGGCUGGCACGCUGGGUGUCGACAUCGGCGGCACGCUCGCAAAGAUGGUCCUGCUCCGCCGUAUUCGAGAGGGCGAGAAGCACGAGCGCGUCUCCUUCGGAGCGUGCUUCAACACGCAGCCCUCCCUCUCGUUCGAUGUGUAUGCGGAUGACGGAACCUCGCUCACGCUGCACUUUGUCGCUGCGCCGACGCGCUCGCUGGCAGAGGCGGUCGAGACGCUCCGUAACUGCGACGGCCAGCCCGCCGCGCCGGCCGUGGAGUCAGGUCCGAAGUCGGGUCCGAGGCUGCAGCGGCGCGAGUCUGUGUACAGCUCGGUGAGGCACGUGGUCGCUGCGGGCGGUGGGGCGCACAAGUACGCCGCGCUGUUCGAGGAGGUGCUGCGCGUGCGGCUGGUCCCCUUCGCCGAGCUCGCCGCGCUGGUGGAGGGGCUCCACUUUCUGCGCGCCGUCGGCCCUGCGGACGAGCUGUACGCGCUGCCGGGGCCCAGCCCCGGAGGGGAUGGCUCUGGCUCCGCCACAACCUCAGGGGGGGAGGGAGGCGCGAGCGAGGCGGCGGAGGAGCGGGUGGCUUGGGAGGAGGUCGACUUCCCGUACAUCGUCGUCAACAUUGGCUCCGGCGUGCUCCUCCUCGAGCGGGAAGGGUGUGAGUCUCCCGGCGAGGGGAGGGGCGUCGCAGCUGGCGGCGCAACCUUCCGCCGCGUCGGAGGGACGGCCUGCGGCGGAGCAACUUUCCUCGGCCUCGGGCGCGCCUUGACUGGCGUGGCCGACUACCACAAGCUGCUCGCCUUGGCCGAGGCGGGAGACGCGUCCCUCGUCGACACGACGGUGGGAGACAUCUACGGCGAGAAGGGCUGCGCGGCCCUCGGCUUCCCGCCCUCGAUGACCGCGGUCAACUUCGGCGCUCUCGCGCAUGGCGGCGAAGCCCCGCUGCCGGCGAAACGGCAUCUGGCGGCUGCCGUCCUGCAGCUCGUGGUGCAGGCGUCGGUGCUGCAAGCCAUGGCCCACGCCACGCCGCGCGGGGCCGCGGACCGAGUCCUUUUCGUCGGCGGCUUCCUCUCGGACAACCAGCUCGCGAGGCGGCUCGUCGCAAACACAGCCCGCAAACUGGGCGGGCGGGCGCUCUUCUCGAGGCACGCGGACUUCCUCGGCGGGCUCGGCUCCCUCGCCGAGACGCUCCACCGGCGGGCCGAGGGGGUCUCGCAAAGCGCUAGGAGCGACCCACACAGAUAGAGAAGUACCACCUUUGUUUCUUUUUGUGUGCUGUGUGCCGGUGCCUU